AUGCACAAAUCACCAGGAGAACAGGAGCUGUCAGAGCUGGCUGAAGGAGUUCUCCCUCCUGGCCAACGGAUGUCAUCUCAAUAUCGUCAUCAUCCAUACAAGGGCUCAAAAAAAAGUACCAUUUCCACCCAUGCAGGGACAAACGACGUGGCCAAAGACGUUAUCAAAGAUGUAGAUACUGAUGGGACCAAGGAACUGACCAACAAUACAGCCAAAGAUGCGGUCAAAGAUGCGGUCAAAGAUGCGGCCAAAGAUGCGGCCAAAGAUGCGGCCAAAGAUGCGGCCAAAGAUGCGGCCAAAGAUGCGGUAAAAGAUGCGGUCAAAGAUGCGGUCAAAGAAGUGGGCAAGGACGUACCCCAGCUAGAAAGUCCUUUGCCUCUAUGGAGUCGCCUUCUUGAUCACAAUGCUGAUGGUUGUUUGCGUAAGAAGAAAAGUGAUGACAAGGUGGAGACCUACGAGGUAGAAGUCGCUAACCGAUUGUGGUCUUUGUGGGGGACAGCCCAUCAAGUAGAAACAGAUGAGAAACCCACUUCCGUGGACUCCAAAUCGGAUACGAUCUCAGCUCCCGGCAAGUCGUUAGCCUGCUGUGUGAUGGCCUGUUGUGCUGGCAAUUUCCAUUCCCUGGAUUCCUGGAAUUCAAGUUUCUUGGACGCAAUCCUGCUUCAAGGGGAGGAUUACUAUUAUGAAAGUUUAGUAGCCCGUCAGCGAAGGAAUUCGUUGGGAGAGCUCUCUCUGGAGACCCUGAACCCCUCCUGCUACCUAGAUGGACAUCACUUUUGGGUGGACAUUGAGAGGUUCUCCUCCGGCAAGUUGUACAACACAACCAAGAGUUUGGGUUCCGCUUUGAGAGGGUUCUUUGCCCAUCACCAGCAAACGGGCAUUCUUCAGCUGAGGGAUCAGGCUUUGGCCUUUGGCUUUAUGCCGGAAUAUGCCAGCGGAGGCGCCUUCUUCCUGUUCCACUGUCAGGCGAGGGGAAAGCCCUUGUUUAAGGACUACGAGAGUGCCCCCUAUGUCCUCCGGAUGCGCAAACUGCAACAGUUGCUCUACUGCAUGCUCAUCACAUUGGAUGAACAUCGCCGCAAUGUGCCCUUCAGGCUCUACAAGGUGGGAUGUGUUCCUUCUGCAGAUCAGAGAUUGAUCUCUUAGAAAAUUAUCAGUUUUAGAAUUCCAAAGACUUCUCUGUAAACUUUAACCUGCUUAACUCCUAUCCCAAAAUAUAGAACAAGCCAAGCCAAA